AUGAGGGGUGACAGAGGCCAUGGUUGUGGUGGGUGCUUUGGUUCCAGAGGCCCAAGAGGAGGGUUCAGGCCUUUUGUACCACAUAUCCCAUUUGAUUUCUAUUUGUGUGAAAUGGCCUUCCCCCGGGUUAAGCCAGCACCUGAUGAAACCUCCUUCAGUGGCCUUGCUCCCAAUUCUGCUGAACAGGCCUCUAUCCUUUCUCUGGUGACAAAGAUAAAUGUGCUUGACAAUUUGAUUGUGGCUCCAGGGACAUUUGGAGUGCAAAUUGAAGAAGUGCAACAGGUAGGAUCAUGUAAAAAGGGAACUAUGACUACAGGACACAACAUGGCUGACCUGGUAGUAAUCCUAAAGAUUCUGCCAACAUUGGAAGCUGUUGCCGCCCUGGGGAACAAAGUUGUAGAAAGCCUAAGAGCACAGGGUCCUUCUGAGGUUUUGACUAUGGUGACCAAUGAAACUGGCUUUGAGAUCAGUUCUUCUGAUGCUACAGUGAAGAUUCUCAUUACAACAGUACCACCCAAUCUCCAAAAACUGGACCCAGAACACCAUUUGGAUAUCAAAGUGCUGCAGAGUGCCUUAGCAGCCAUCCGGCAUGCUCGCUGGUUUGAGGAAAAUGCUUCUCAGUCCUCAGUUAAAGUUCUCAUCAGGCUGCUGAAGGACUUGCAGAUUCGUUUUCCUGGCUUUGAACCCCUCACACCCUGGAUCCUCGACUUACUUGGGCACCAUGCUGUGACGAACAAUCCCACCCGACAGCCUCUGGCCCUCAGUGAGGUAAACAGGCGUUGCCUACAGGUUCUUGCUGCAGGACUGUUUCUGCCAGGGUCAGUGGGUAUCACUGACCCCUGUGAGAGUGGUAACUUCAGAGCACACACGGUCAUGACUUUGGAACAGCAGGACAUGGUCUGCUGCACAGCUCCGACUCUCGUCCGAAUCCUCUCACAUGGAGGCUUCAGAAGGAUCCUUGGCCAGGAGGAUGAUGCUAGCUAUCUUGCUUCUGAAAUAUCCACCUCGGAUGGAGUGAUAGUGACACCUUCAGAAAAGGCUUAUGAGAAGCCUCCCGAGAAGAAGGAAGGAGAAGAAGAGGAGGAAAAUACAGAAAAACCACCUCAAGUAAAGGAAGAAGAAAGUACAGAGACUCAGGAGUGA